GAGAUCGGUCGACCAAUGACUGUUCUCUACAGUCAGAGCUCGCUCAAAAAGGUGGAACGUAAGGGAGAUACCAUUUCCAAAACUUUUAAGGGCGUAAUAUCUAGUUUGUGAAAAAUCCAGAGAAACACAAAUAUCCGACGAAGCAAAAUCCCGGACGUUUUUUCUAGGUCUCAUAAAGAGGACAUGUCCGGGGAAAAGAGGACGUCUGGUCACCCUAGUUUAACCCCUUUAUCGCGUGAUAACAAAUGUGAUGCACCCGCUGUUGAGGGAAAUAACGCAGCCGUGCUGUGCGCCACAGUUUGCACAGUGACUCACUGCCAGCUGGAGAUCUCCCACAGAAGGCUCUCGUUCGUUUAUUCACGCGUGGACGCACUGCGCAGGCAGCCCACAGACCCACAUACACACGAACGCAAACACAGCGCAAAAGCCGCCGAUGAGGAGGUAGAUCCCCGCGUGACGUCAUUGUCGGGCAUCUGUGGGGGCGUGGUCUCCGGUGGCUCGACGUACCGGGGUUUAAAUGAAAAAGUGCCUCUCCUGGGUGGCUGGUCUGAAAAGAGCCCUGAAUCUACUGAGGUUCUGGAGGCGGCUCAAUAUGCUGUGAAGAUGCACAACACUCACUCCAGGAGCAAGAAGAUGUUCAAGCUGGUCUCCAUCACCAGCGCUCACGCACAGGUGACCAACAGGAUCAACUUUAAAAUCAAUGCUGUCCUGGGAAAAACCAAGUGUCUCAAGAGCGAUAACGCUGAACCGAAGAGCUGCAGUCUUGAGAAAAAGCUUAAGUGCCAGUUUGAGGCGACGCUCAAUCCCCGCAACAAUAAACAUGAGCUGCAGGCCGCGAAAUGCAGGAAAAUGUUGAAUAAGGAUUUAGCUAUUUAAUCGGCUAACUUUUUUGUAGUGUGGCUAUAAAACUGACUCCCUUAUUGCAUUUUUCUAAAAGAGGUGUAAAAUAUUUUUCAGUUCUUGAUGUGGGUAUUGGCACAUACAUCUUGUAACAAUGACACAUCACGCCCUUAAUAAAAAAAAGUUUGGAAAACGUUUUCACCAUGA